AUGAGCGACUCAGCCAAAGGUGUCUUCCCCCUCGGCCUUGUCAUCACAGUACUCGUUCUGUUAUGGGCCGUAUGGUUCUUCUUCCUCAAAGCUCGGGAGCAACCGGCCUUUCGCUCGGUUGCUGUCCUCGUGCUGGGCGACAUAGGCCGUAGUCCGCGUAUGAUGUACCACGCAGAGAGUUUUGCCACGAAUGACUUCGAGACGUAUCUCAUAGGUUACGCCGGCUCAAAACCAGUGCCCUCGUUAAUGUCUCUCCCUCGCGUUCACUUCCUCUACCUUUCUUCACCGCCGGCAUAUCUGUCAUCCUUACCUUUCAUCAUUUCUGCACCCCGAAAAGUCUUGCAUCAAGUCAUCAGCAUUCUCCACACACUUCUAGUGCGCAUUGAGCAUCCGCCAGAAUUCAUAAUCGUCCAGAACCCACCAAGCAUACCAACAUUGGCGCUUGUCUGGCUUGUCGCCCAGCUGAGGGGCAGUAAAGUUAUCAUUGACUGGCAUAACCUCGGCUAUAGCAUCCUCGCCCUGAAGUUGGGCGACCAGCAUAUACUUGUCCGAGUCGCCAAGAUGUUUGAAGCGUACUUCGGACGGUCAGCGUACGCACAUUUAUUUGUUACUCAUGCAAUGCGAGACUUUCUUGUACGAGAGUGGCACCUAAAAGGCCAUAAAGUUGUCCUCCACGACCGGCCACCUGCGCAUUUCCACCGCGCUUCUCCAGGCGAGACCCAUGAGCUGUUCCUGAGGUUACAGUCAGGACUCGCGCUUCCCGUCCUUUCUUCGUUUCUCCCGGAAUCGACACCACCUUAUUCAACGCCUUUCACCGCGAUGCCCUCUACGCCUCACUCUGAUCCUGCGCGCCCAUCGGACGACAUUGCCGCAGAUUUCGCACCUAUGCCUGCCCUCCGAGAUGACCGGCCCGCGCUGAUAGUCUCCAGCACGUCAUGGACGCCCGAUGAGGACUUCAGUAUCCUUCUCGAUGCUCUCGCACGGUAUGAGCAGCGCGCAAGUGUCUUGAAUGCGGACUCGGAUGCGCCUCAUCUGCCGAAGCUGCUCGCUAUCGUGACGGGUAAGGGUCCGCUGCGUGAUCAAUACAUGCGCAAGGUCGGUCAGAUGCAGAGCGGUGCGAAUGGAGGAGAGCCCUGGCGCUUCGUACGCUGUAUAAGUCUCUGGCUCGAGGCGGAGGACUAUCCACUCCUGUUAGGUUCGGCCGACCUGGGCAUCUCCCUCCAUUCAAGUUCUUCUGCGCUGGAUUUACCUAUGAAGGUUGUGGAUAUGUUUGGCUGUGGACUGCCGGUGUGCGCGCUCGGAUUUGCUUGCCUUGACGAGCUCGUUAAGGAGGGUGUCAAUGGGUUGGUAUUCCACAAUGCUGAGCAACUCGCAGCGCAACUAGAGACUUUGCUUGGAUCUCAACGAUCGACUGUCUUGCAAACUCUGCGCUCCUCCCUCCAGCGACCAAUGCCGAUCGCAGGAGAACAGGAUUGGCAAUGGGGAACUUGGGCACAAAAUUGGGACGCUACAAUGCGCCCGCUGGUCUUGCGGGAUGUAGAUAUAUCGUAUACCCGCGCACCUGGCUGGGUGAAGCUGAUUCCGGGGUUCCAACACGACUCAUCUUCGUCGUUCUGGUCUAUAGCUCGGCUUGCAUUUCCUGACACGCGUUCGGCUGUGCUAGCAGAUGCUGGUGCGCACCCAACGCGCCCAUCUGAGCAGAAAGGGUCUAUCCUAUCUCCAGACGAGCAGCUUCUCUGCUAUGAUUAUUUAUACUAUGUAUGCGGACAACAGCCAGAUGAGAUUGAUCACGACUAUAGUCCGGCGUGGAGAUUUGUUCUGCGGCACUUCAAAUUUACGCGACACCUCGAAGAGCUUGCAGAUGGAUACCUCCGCCGGACGCUAAAUGUGCCUGAGGGUGACAGCAUUCCUCCGUACAUUACAGUCCACGCUCGUCGAGGUGACUUCUCUACGUGGUGCGGGGGUGUUCCACGCGACGAGUGUUUUCCUUCACUCCAGGUGUUCGCGCGGCGCGUGUCUGAGGUACAACAGGAGUUGCAGACUAAGCACAACAUUAACGCGACGCAAGUUAUCAUGACCAGUGAUGAAUCCGAUGAGACAUGGUGGGACGCGGUACGGGAGCUUGGGUGGUCCAGGAUGGACCAUCGACGUGAGCUCACAGUGGAGCUGCACGGAAAUUGGUACCCGGUCAUUCUCGAUGCGGUGGCUCAAUCUCGCGGGAUCGGUUUUGUGGGUACGGACAGAUCCACGUUCUCCAUUCUAGCGAAGAGAAGGGUGCAGGACUGGAACGGUGGGGUUGUGCGGACCGUGAAAUGGGGCCGACCUGACUCCGACGCUCACUGA